AUGUCGCGGGGCCCCGUGGCGGUGGGGAGGCUGCUGGCGCUGCUGAUCUGUCUGAAUUAUGGACAUGGGCUCUAUGUGAAGGUUUAUAACCGAAAUGACAGGAGUGGCCUGCUGUCUCAUCCCAGCAGCCCAGUCAGACAGAAGCGAGAAUGGACAGUCCCUCCAGCUUUCAUACGGGAGGAGGAGGACAAUUCCUACAAGAAUCCAAUUGCUAGAAUACAUUCAGAUCUUGAAGAUACAGGAAUUGUAGUAACUUACACUAUAUCUGGUCAAGGAGUAACAGAACCCCCUUAUGGAUUAUUUGUUAUCAAUGGAAAGACUGGUGACCUGAACAUAACAGGAAGGGUGGACAGAGAAAAGACUCCCAUUCUUCUUGUCCGAGGCCAUGCGCUAGAUAAGAAUGGGGCAAAACUGGAAGAGCCAAUCGACCUCCCAAUUAAAGUUGUGGACAUAAAUGACAAUUUUCCAGUGUUUUCACAUGAAGUUUUUGUUGGUUCAAUUGAAGAAUUAAGUGAAACAGGUACAAUUGUGUUGAGGAUAAAUGCAACAGAUGCAGAUGAACCAAAUAAUCUAAAUUCCAAAAUUGCUUUCAGGAUUGUUUCCCAAAGCCCUAGCGCUGCAUUCAGCAUGGAUAAGAAUACUGGCGAGGUUCGAGUAGCAAAAAUAAACCUUGACAGAGAGACACAAAGCAGCUAUUCUUUGGUGGUGGAAGCAAAGGACCGUGGUGGUGAAAAAGGUGGGAAUGCUGCAACAUGUUCUUUAGAAAUCAAGAUUCUGGAUGUCAAUGACAAUCUGCCUGUUGUUGAAAGUCGUGCAUUUGAAGGCAGCAUUGAAGAAAACAGAGCAAAUGUGGAAAUUAUGCGAAUAAAAGUAUUUGACAAAGAUGAAGAGUUUUCUGAUAAUUGGCUGGCAAACUUUACAUUUGUUUCUGGCAAUGAAGGUGGUUUUUUCAAAAUUGUAACAGAUACCCAAACAAAUGAAGGAAUUUUGACUGUUGUGAAGGAGCUGGAUUAUGAAAAAAUGCAAAGCCUAAACUUAGGCGUUGUUGUUACAAACAAAGCAGAGUUCCACAAGUCAAUUAAACCCAGUUACAAACCAGAAACAAUUCCAAUCAAAAUUAAGGUGAUCAAUGUGCAGGAAGGCCCUGUGUUCCCUGGUGGCACAAAAAUUAUUGAAGCAAGUGAGAAACUCCAAAUAAAACAGGUUAUUGGACAGUAUCAAGCCUAUGAUGAAGACACUGGAAAAGUAGCAGAGCGCAUUACAUACAUGAAAGGAAAAGAUGCAGCAAACUGGAUCACUAUAGACUCAGUCACAGGUGAAAUCCGACUUGCUAAAAAUCUUGAUUACGAAUCACCUCAUGUAGUAAAUGGUACCUACACUAUUACCAUGUUGGGUGUAACUACUGAUUCCCCAAGGAAAACAAUCACUGGCACAGUCGUCAUUCAGGUUAAAGAUGAGAAUGAUAACUGCCCAGUUAUUGUGAACCCUGUGCGGACUGUGUGUUCAGAUGCAAAAUUAGUUGAUGUUACAGCUCAUGAUUUGGAUGGUUACCCCUUCAGUUAUCCCUUCAGCUUUACUGUCAUUGAUGAGCCAGAAGGGACAGCAGAAAACUGGAUAAUUGUAUCUGGAAAUGACACCAGUGUACAGCUGGUACCACAAAACCUGAAGCCGGGCAGAGCUGAAGUUCCCAUGCUAAUAAAGGAUUUCCAAGGGGUCAGCUGUGCUCUGCCACAGUCUCUGCAGCUGACUGUUUGUGAGUGUACAGAUGAUGGUGUGUGCCAGGAGAGGUUUAUUGGAGCAAAGUCAGUGGGUCUGGGACCAGCAGCAAUUGCACUAAUCAUCUUGGCGUUUUUACUUCUGCUGCUUGUUCCACUGUUGCUGCUGCUGUGUCCGGGUGGCUUGGGAGCCAAGGGAUUUGGUGGAGCAAAGACAUUUACUGACAUACCAGACCACAGUGAAGCGAUGCUGCGCCAGUGGAACAGUGAAGGAGCAGCUCCUGAGGAGAAGCCAGUGCUAAGCUUCAUUCCACCCACUGCACUUGGGAACGUGAAAGGAGGAACAACAGCAGCGGCAGCAGGAGCAGCAGCAGGAAUGAGCGGAGAAGGAGCUCUAAUAGGAGCAGGCAGCUCUGUCUCUCAUGUAGGAGAACAUCACAGCACCAUUACCAGGGAAAGAUGGGAAGAGCAAAGGCGUCUUCUUUCUGCUGCCGACUAUGGAGCCAUGGCAGCUGGAGCAGCUGAAGGCAUGGCAGGUGUGGAUGGGAAGACAGUCGUGUCUGGAGGAGGAGUUGCUGUGGGAGCGGCUGGAGCCAUGAAUGAGGAAUUCUUAAGAGACUACUUCAAUGAUAAAGCUGUCUCUUUUGCGGAAGAAGAUGAAGAGCAAGCUGCAAAAGACUGUCUCCUGGUUUAUUCCCAGGGAGAAUCAGGCUCCCCUCACGGCUCCGUUGGCUGCUGCAGCUUUAUUGACGGGGAUCUUGAUGACCAUUUUCUUGAUGAUUUAGGAGACAAGUUUAAGACUCUAGCAGAAAUAUGUAUAGGUAGACAGAUCAACAUGAAAGACGGUGGCUACAAGAAUGAAUCAGGUUUUGGUCUUAGUGAAGCAAAGUCACAGUCCUUACAUCAGCAAACUGCUUCCACCUCUGAACAAGCCUUUGCCUCAGGCAGUGGUUUCCAGUCCAUCCCACCCGUGCACACAGGCAGUAGCACAGGAGAAAGCACCCUGUCCAAGGAGGUGGUCACAGAAACAACCUUUUCAUCAUCCCACUCUGGGCAGCACAGUGCCCAGCACCUCCCCACGGGCCACGCAGAGAGCAAUGUCACCGUGACAGAAACAUCCUAUUCUGUGGGGGCUCCUGCCCGCUCAGCCCCUGUCUUUUUAGACCCCCAGUUUAAGGAGAACGUAGUGGUGACAGAGAGGGUGCUGGCACCUGCAUCGAGCAUUCAGAGCAUGGUGAAAAUCCCUGAUUUGCCACAUGGAAGUAACGUGGUGGUUACGGAAAGGAUGGUGAAGUCAGCAGGUGCAGGGCCAGGAGCCCUGACAGUUCAGGAUCUUCCUGACUCGCAGUAUGUCGUGGUGAGGGAGCGAGAGAGGGUCCUUGUGCCUGCUGCAGAGCAGGGCUCGCUCAGCCUCCCCGCUGCGGCACAGGAAUGCAGCACAGUGCGGAAUGAAAGGGUGGUGCAGAGCAGAGCUGAGCAGGCCACAGGGGCCAGCUCAGGAAGGCAAGAGCAUGCUCUGAUCACAGACUCCCCACUUAACCUGAUGGGCUCUGGCUCACAAGGGCCAUCUCCUACCGGUGCCACACUGAGCAAGUCUUCCAGGGUCACCAAAUACAGCACAGUACAGUACACUCACUCAUAGCCUGGCUCUGUGCAGGGGUGGCAGUGUCCAGCACCCUUCUGUCUGCAUCCUGCCUCAGGCUUUUCCAUGAGAUCCAAAUUUGCUGGAGCUUCCAGAAUGACAUGUACUCAUUUGCACUAGUUUGUAUAAAUAUGGAUUAUAUGACCAGGAAGCAAGUAAGGAAAUCUGGUGUUAUGUUACGUUGGCCUUUGAAAUGGAAAGAUGUGGGAAAUACUUUUUUCUCCUGGUUUGCUGGUGUUUUUUAUUGCUUUUUAUUAUACAGACAGUGAAUGAUGCCACAUAACUAGAGCUGCAUAAUUAUGGGAAAACAGGAAAAAAGUCUCCAGUCUAGUGAUGGAUAGUAGCCUGCAAAGCACAAGUUUUUGAACUGCUAUUGAAUGUAUCUGAAGUCCUCCUGUGAGGGCAAUCAGUUUCUCAUUGUGUGUUUGCCAUUGUGUUGUGGGCUCCUCCUGAACCUUGUAGAAAUUCUUCCUGAGAAGCCCGGGCCACCAAAGCUAGUAUGCCUUCAGAGCAGUGGUGUGUUGAUCUCCUGAAGGGAUGUCACAAUUUCAGGUUAUCAGAAUUUGUAACUUAAGCAAUCAAUACUUGGAUGUUACCACAGCAGUUAAAGACAGCAAGCAGCAAAAAAGCUGAGAAUUGCAAUUUUUCAUUACCUCAGUCUAAAAGUUCCAUUACUUGGUGUGGAUCUACACUGACAUGGACAAUUAAGCAUUUGCAUCGUGCACGUUUUUCACUUUAUUUAGCUUAUGAGAAACAGCCAAGGCUUACCUUAGCCUUAGAGCCAGAGGUUCAGUCAGUGGCUUUGUCAGCAAAGUUUAUGGCCCUUGGACAUCUGUAGGAUCUGAUCUACAGGUGCAGUUUGGUAUUUGGAAUUUGUUCUGGAACUCACAUAGAAGUCAGCCUUGUGUGUGUGAGGUUCCACUAGUUUCAGUACCAGAGCUCAGGUGGCUGGUAUAGUGCUGUGUAGUGACAGCUUUGCUUGGCUGUGACAAGGUAACAGGAAGCUCCCUUUAGGUCUGCGAUAUUUGAGCUUAGUUUGCUUUCCUUGGAGUUUAUGUGGUAAAAGCAAGAGACAGUACUGCACUGUUUGGCAGUAUGUAUAUAUAUAUGCACAUGUAAAUAUUUGUACGCUGUUUGGAACAUUCUGAAAUUAAUUUUAUACAGGAAAAAAUGCCUUACACUCCUUAUGUUUUCUGAGUAGAAGUAUUUUAGAUGAGGCAUAGGUAGUGUGUUUGUCUCAUACUUGUGAAAUCAGCAAGUUGGUCAUAAGGUACUGCAAAGCCCAUGGACCUGCAGAACUUUCAGGUUGUCUCCAUCUCCUGGAGUUUUCCUGCAGCUGCAGUGAUAUGUUUUCCACUUUGACUGGAAAUGCUCUCACUGUGUUUAGUUUUACUAAUAGUAAAAGUUGCUUCAAAAACAUAAAUACAUAAACUAGGAACCAUGGCUGUGCUCAACUGUAACAGCUGGGCCAUUAUGUUAAGUGGAGUAGUAUUUUCAAACAUAUCAGACUCCCUGCUUGCUUGGACCUAUUGGUUAUUUAUCUCUUACACUGCGUUUUUAAAAUACACAUUUAUUUCUGAGCAAGCCUGCAGUUCCAAGUGGUCACCACUCUUCUGACUUUCUGAUAGAGUAUCUUUGUGGGUUUAUGCAAUCUUUAAAUAAAGAACUCUACUGUA